AAAAUGGCUAAACCAUAUGGUGGAUUUGAUUAUAAGUUUGUUGAUGGUGAUCCUCCCAGUAGAUACAUUUGUGCCAUCUGUACAUUAGUAUCUUGUGAUCCUCAACAAGUUACCUGCUGCUACAAUACCUUCUGUAAGACCUGUCUGGAGCAACUUGGACUAUCAGUGAAGCAACCAAAAUGUCCUCUUUGUCAAGAAGAAUUGAGCUUUUUCAAUGAUGGAAAGCUCAAUCGUGAGAUCAUUGCUCUUAAGAUUCACUGUACUAACAGUGAGGAGGGUUGUGAGUGGCAGGGAACUAUUAAUGAAACUGGUACAUCAAUUGAUACUCAUCUUAAUAGCUGUAACUAUCAACUGGUACCUUGUACUAAUGAGUGUGGAGAGAAGAUUAAGAGGAGAUCAAUGGAGACACAUCUGACAGACAACUGUACUAAACGAAUGGUUAACUGUCAGUAUUGCAAGCGAAAAGGUCGAUAUCAACUGAUAACAAGCAGCAGUCAUCUUGAUGAGUGUCCUGACCUCCCAAUCCAAUGCAGUAAUGAAGGCUGUAGUAUGAUACCACGAUGUUUACUAGAAUCACACAAUGAGACCUGCCCUAAAGCUAUCGUACCAUGUGAAUACAAUACUGUUGGAUGUAAUAAGAAAAUGAAGAGAGAAGAACAAGAGAAGCACAAUGAAGAAUCAAUAACAGCACACCUACAACUGACAAAGAAACAACUGGAAGUGACAACAGAGACAAUAGAAUCUCUCAAAACAAGUCUAGAGCAGAAAAAUCCAUCAAUGAUAACAAAUGAAGUAUUGAAGCUAAGCCAAUUUACUGAGAAGAAGGAAGAUGAGACAUGGUACAGCCCGGGCUUCUACACAUCACCAGUAAAAUACAGAAUGUCAUUACUAGUCUAUCCUAAUGGUAAUGGAGAAGGUAAAGGUACACAUGUCUCUUGCUUCAUAUGCUUCAUGGCAGGAGAAUAUGAUGAUAUAUUGGAGUGGCCAUUUCAGGGAGACGUUACUAUAGAACUACUGAAUCAACUGGAGGAUAAGAAUCAUAAGAAAUAUACCAUAUCAUUCAAUGAUACUAUUCCAGGGAAAUACAAGCAAAGAGUGAUGGAAGGUAGAAGCCCAAGUGGAUGGGGUUAUAAGAAAUUCGUAUCACAUCAAGAGCUGAAGCAUAAUCCAAGUACUAAUCAUCAGUAUCUUAAAGAUGAUUGUUUGUACUUCAGAAUCAGUGUGAAGGUUACACAAAAGGCAAGGCCGUGGCUAGUUCCGCAAUAAAACAUUCAAUAAAAGGAACAAUUUAAUCACUUUCACAGUUAGAUUUUGUUUAAAUCAUGUAUUGGUGUCAUUUUAUUAAUCAUUAUUCAAUCAUCAAAAAAGUUACAAUACAACUGUAAUAAAGAAUAAAGAUAGGUUAGAACUAUUACUAAGUACAUGCAAAAUACAAAAUAAAGGGAUCAUGUUGCAGCAAAUUUUAUUGAGUAGU